AACUGUUGUCCAGUCGCUCUCUUCAGCCAAACCAUUUCCUCUAGUAUCAUACCCUUCACACAACGUUCCGGUCUAUUAUACCGACUGUAAGAUUAAUACCAUUCCAAUCACCUCACCUCGACAUCGAAAGACAAUCGAGACGUAGACGUACAACAAGUGUACCAUACCAAUAGGCUUGUAGAAUACCAGUGAACACAAACACACGCAAUGGAAGGCUCAUAUACGAUGCACCCUUCUCAAACGAUGGGCCAGUCACCCUUCUUUUACUACAACCCGGAUCCAAGCCCGGAGAACCACCGUCAACACGGCCACUUCACACCGCAUCCUCACGGCCAGCUUACCCCAACGUUCCAACCGCAGACUCCGGAAGCCUUUUGCCCAUCGAAUAUGUUCUUCAAGAGGCCUUCUUCGUCUAACUCACAGGGAUCGUAUCCCCAGUUCCCGAACCACGCCAUGUUGACGCCCGUUGCUUCACCGCAACCGAUCUACCAGAGGCCCACGAUCCUUAUCCAACAGCAAGACUCACCAUACCUUCAUCCUAUCGACACUGACUUUUCGGAUACGCGCUUUGCGCCUGCCACUCCGCCGCUCUCCUCGUCCGGAAGCAACAUCAGCAGCCCACCGUCAACUUGUGAUGUCCUUCCAACACCCAUCAACAGUGCAUUCUUCAGUGAAGGCAUCGAAGGUGUCAAGCAGGGUUGUGAAGAGGAGGUCUUCUCUGAGAUUCUUGCAGCUGGUGCAGACUGGCGAUCGGCCUCUCCGCCGAUGACUCCAGUGUUCAUCCAGCCGCCCUCGACUAGCCAGGGGUCAUACCUCCUGUCCGCGACCUCCUGCCCCUCGCUAUCUCCUUCACCCUCACCACUUCCGCGCACAUCUUACGCUGAGACCGAGAAUAAUUUCUGCGAUCCGCGUAAUCUGACUGUUGCAUCGACUGCCACCACUGAACUCGCCUGUCUGACCACACCUUGCCCCAGUGACGAGGAGGACAAGCACAAUCACAUUGACUUCACUGGUCUCCCUACUUUCGAGCCCCUGUUCGAACUUGAUUCUGAAGACGACUUUGCUGGCUUUGUUCAAUUUUCAGCGACCGAUAACGCGCUGUUCCUGGGCUGUAAGCGACAGCGGACUGAUCUCAUUUCUUUCACCCCUGAAGACGACAUCGUCAGCGACGACAGCUUCACAGACUUCGAGGACGAACCCGCAGCUGGUCUCCUGACGCCGUGCGACACAGAUUUCUCCGACAUGUCCGCCACCAAGGCUCAGAAGAAGAAGUCGGCCAAGAGGGCUAGGUCUGAGGUCACAGAUGCCGAGUCCAAUUAUCAAGGCCAUGAUCAGGGCAAUGACAGCCAGACGCAAUCUGGUGCCUCGAGUCAGCAAGCCUCUGGUCAUAAUGGCACCCCGGACAAUGCAAUCGCAUCCAGCUCCGACGAUGAGAAUGUAUCAACUCCCGUUGCACCCACCAGCCGCCGCGGCCGUAAGCAGUCGCUUACUGAGGAUCCUUCCAAGACGUUUGUCUGCAACCUCUGCUCCCGACGCUUCCGCCGUCAAGAGCACCUAAAGCGACAUUACAGGUCUCUUCAUACACAUGAGAAGCCUUUCGAGUGCCAGGAUUGCGGCAAGAAGUUCUCGCGCAGCGACAACCUGUCCCAGCACCAACGUACCCAUGGCACUGGCGCUGUCGUGAUGGGCGUCUUGGAUGGUUCGGAGAUGCAGCGACCUCGCGAUGAUAUGUACGACAAUCAGGACCCAGCGCUACUCGGCCAGGUCCUUUACAACGCCGCCGCUGCUAUUUCCAGCUCUAGCUCCGACUCUUUCUCCGAUCUCGAGCCCAGUCCAUUGGGUCUCGAGAAGAAGAUGCGGAAAAGGAAGCGGGAUGAGUGAAGGUUCCUCGGAAUCAUACUUGCUCUCAAUCAUCCACCAUUCGAAAGCGGUUGCGACCGUCAUUCUCCCUCAUCCUUAACGACACGAUAUGACCUCUCCACUCCGUAGCAGGAGUACCCUAAUGUCAGGCGGUUCUUCGUCUACUUAAUGCCGUUACGCCAGGGCGGCACAUGUAGACCGGGCAUCAGGUU